AUGACAGUGAAACGGCUUCUUUACUGGAAACCGAACCAAGAAUCUGCAAUAAACAGCCAUACAGUGAACAAAAUCUCAGAGUGUGUGAAGAAAUUCAACGGCGUGAAAGAAGGAACAUGGAAAACCGAACUCAGUUAUUACAGACCCAAUUUAGUUGAUCGAUCAAAGCUUGUUGAAUUCCCAAGCGACGCUUUCGGAUUAUAUCUCAUAGGAAAUCCCAGCAAAUAUUACUUUGUCAUUUUGAAACAUAACAUUGUUCUCCAGGCUGAUCCCUCCAUCCUCACUAUCAUGGAUAAACUCCAAUCUUACCUUUCUAAUGUUAUCCUUCAUUUUGAGGGUGUGCAGUAUAAACUGGGUGACUUUCAGUUCAAAUUGAUUAAAGUUCUUACUCGUUAUAACAAUCUCAGAGGCAUUUUAGUGGAGGUAACAACUUUUUAA